AUGCAGGGCAUCGAGACCCAGAUAAGUUCACUUCCGGGUCGGCUCGCCUCCCUCUUUCCUGUCGGCCAUUAGUCGUCUCGGUUUCCUUGUGACCACCGCUACAACCCGUCUCAUCAUGCAGAACGACGCUGGAGAAUUCGUGGACUUGUACGUCCCCCGCAAAUGCUCUGCUAGCAACAGAAUCAUUGGAGCCAAGGACCAUGCCUCCAUCCAGAUGAACAUUGCUGAGGUUGACAAGGUGACUGGUCGUUUCAACGGUCAGUUCAAGACCUACGCCAUCUGUGGCGCCAUCCGCAGGAUGGGGGAGUCUGAUGACUCCAUCCUGAGGCUGGCCAAGGAAGACUCCAUCGUCGCAAAGAACUUCUGAGGACGACACUCAAACUUUGAUAAAUAAAAUGGUGGAAAAAAAUGUUGUUGCAUUGUCAUUUCUAAACCGCUCACGUCUAACGGGUCAGUUAAAAGUGAUGUGUUUACUACUGAGGUUGGAGGUGGAUCAUA